AUGACAUUGGUUGAUGAAAAGGAUACAACCCGGUACGCUGAGUCAGAGCUCGAGUCUCCCACAUCGGUGGGUGAAUGCUUGGAAUUUGAUCCACAAAGUGGUGUGAAAAGAGCUCUUAAAGAUAGACAUAUUUCGCUACUGGCUCUAGGUGGUGUUAUUGGCCCAGGAUGUCUGAUAGGUGCGGGAAACGCAUUGAGCAAAGGGGGGCCUCUGGCGUUGAUUUUGGGUUUUGGUAUUGUGGGACUAGUUUGUUUCGCGGUGAUGGAGUCUAUCGGCGAGCUCAUAACACUGUACCCAUCAGGUGGUGGGUUCACAAGUCUCGCUCGAAGAUUUCACAGCGAAGCUCUUUCAGCUAUUUGCGGCUACGCAUACGUGGUGGUAUUUUUCGCGGUGCUGGCCAACGAAUACAACACACUGUCGUCGAUUAUGCAGUUCUGGGGUCCGCAGGUGCCCACUUACGGGUAUAUCUUAAUGUUUUGGGCAUUUUUCAUGGCCUUCCAAAUGCUGGGCGUAGGUGCAUUCGGAGAAUGUGAGUACUGGUUGGCAUGGUUUAAGAUCCUUGGUCUUGUUGCAUACUACAUUUUCUCCAUCAUAUAUAUGAGCGGUGGGGUUCGUGGCAGGCCUGCGUUUGGGUUCCAAUAUUGGCAUAACCCAGGCGCUUUGUCCCAUGGUUUCAAAGGUAUCGCAGUCGUUUUCGUUUUCUGCUCAACUUUUUACUCGGGAACUGAGUCUGUUGCUCUCGCUGCCACUGAGAGCAGAAAUCCAAGAAGGGCCAUUCCGCUGGCUGUAAGACAAACGCUAUGGAGGAUCUUGGUGGUUUACAUGGGUAUUGCCAUUUUCUACGGUAUCACAGUACCAUAUAACGACGUGAACCUGGGAUCGAGCUCGAAGACACUAAAGUCCCCUGUUGGUAUUGCCAUUGUGAGAGCUGGCUGGAGCGGUGGUGUGCAUUUGGUGAACGCGUUCAUCCUUGUAACAUGUGUGUCAGCUAUUAACAGUUCGCUGUACAUUGGUAGCAGAACCAUUAGCCAUUUGGCACACGACGGUCUGGCACCAAGGUUUUUUGGAUGGACAAACAGACGAGGCGUGCCCGUCGUAGCCCUGGUAACGUUCAAUUUAUUGGGCCUGAUAUCGUUGAUGAAUGUGAGUGUUGGUGCUUCGAACGCCUAUGGGUACAUUGUCAAUUUGUCUGGUGUUGGUGUCUUCAUUGUGUGGGGUGUCAUUUCUUACACUCACAUUAGAUUCAGACAAGCGUGGGCUGCUCAAGGAAGGUCUACUUCCGAGCUACCUUACAAGUCUCUGUUUUAUCCUGUUACUCCAAUCUUCAGCAUCGCAAUCAACAUCUUUCUUGCUUUGAUCCAGGGGUGGACCUCGCUCUCACCUUUUUCUGCUGGUGACUUCGUGGAUGCCUAUGUGCUACUUCCAGCAGCAGGUAUACUUUUUCUUGGCAUUGCACUAAUGAAAUCGCGUACUUUGAGACCUGUUGAUUUGAAGACUAUCAAUCUGCAGGUAGGACAGCGUGCCGAUCUGGAUGGGGAUAAAGAGGAAGUUGUCGAUUCUAAAUCAAGAACUGCGCUCAGUCGCCUACAAAAUUUGGCCCAUACCCUCUUUGGUUGA